GGCCACACUCUAUCAGCAAGCUGUGUGGCGUCCGGUUGCUUUUUCAGUCAUUCGUUGCGUCGCUGCGAUCUCAUCGUUAGUUUUGUUCCUACUCGUUUUUGGCGUCGUCGUACAUUUACGUGUCCCGCUUACUCGCGCGCACCCUCUCUCUUUCACUCUGCAGCGCGCGUGCCUAAGUGUGGUGUGUGUGCCUGUGUACGUGCGUGUUGGCGAGCAGCGCGGCGCAGCACAAUAGAAAAGAAGAAGCUGAAGCUGAAGGAAAAAACAUAAGUGAAUUUUUUUCGGGUGGAAGCGCGGUGAAAUAUGCGUGCGUGCGCGCGUGUGUGUGUGCGUGUGUGCGAAAAUCAAUACGAAAACAUGAAUAACAAAUGCUAAAUAAGAAAAAUAGCUACAACGCACAACCGAAAAGAAGCUGAAACAAGAAAAAAGAAAGCGAAAAAAAAAAACGAGAAAAUAAUAAAUAAUAGGAAUUGGGAAGCCAGCAGGAAGGAACAGUUAGCCAUUCCAGUGAGCUAAAACAGCACACACACGCACGAACCCAUUUCCAGAUCCAGCCCAUCCAGGGCUUCCAAUUGACAGUUGCCAUUUGACAGUUGACAGUUGACAGUUUCCAGAAACGCAGCAGGAUGUCGCUGCAAACGAAAAGGCAGCACUGCUAUCUGUGCGAUUUACCCCGCAUGCCAUGGGCGAUGAUCAAUGACUUCUCAGAGGCGGUGUGCCGCGGUUGCGUCAACUACGAGGGCGCCGAUCGCAUCGAGGCGGUGCUGGACGCCGCCCGCCAAAUGAAGCGUCUCCAUCCCGCCAGCAAACAGCAGCGUUCCCAUGAGAACGGCGAAGUGUCCGCCGCUGCAGCGGCAGCCGUCGUCCUACAGCAGCAACAACAGUUACAAGUUGGUCCAGUUCCGGGACAAGGGCCGGGUUCCCAUCGCGGCGGUGGUGGCGGCGGUCCACCGGGUGCUCCGCCCGGCAGUGGUGGUCCCGGUCCGUCGGGCGCCGGUUCGCUCAGUUCCCUAGGCAAUGCCGUUGCUGCUGCCGCCGCCGCUGCUGCAGUGCAUCAUCACCAUCAGAUGCCCUAUCAAAUGCCAGUGCCACGCAUCGGUCCACCACUGGACUAUCCAGUUAAGCUUGAGGAUGCCCCCGGUGGCGGCGUGCGACCCGUACGCAUUUCACACAUGACGCCCCACCACCUGCCGCCAAAUGCGACCCGCGGCGGUGCACCCGGCGGCGGCGUACCCACCGCCGGCAGUGGCGGUGGCAGCCUACCGCCCGCCCUAUCCGUGAAUCUAAAGCGUCCGCCCAGCGAGGAUGUCGAUGUGGACGUAAGCCAGCAGCAACAGCAGUCGGGGCACGGCCUGCCGCCAGAUGGCGGCUCUGGCAACUCCCUAUCCGCCGGCGGAGGCGUGUCCGGAGGCGGUCCGCCCGGCAUCAAACGCAGCGCAAUGGACGAUCCAACUGGCGUGGGCGGCAGACCGCCAUUGACGCGUGGCGAAUCCCUGCCAGCGGCGGUCAGCUAUGUGCCCGAGCGUCAGCUCAGCGGACUCCGUGAUAAGCAGCAGCCGGUCAGAGCGCCCAGUUUCGAUGCAUCGACCUUCAAAGCAGCCAAUCCGAUUCCUAAUCCGAUUCCACACCAUCUUCAUAUUGCAGAGCACAUGUCUCCGGCCAGUCGGCGCAAUGGAUCGAGUCCGCCCUCCGGACCGCUGCCCCCGCGCAGUGUACACUCGCCGAACAGUUCGGGUUCCUCGUCAGGACGUCGUUCGUCCGGAUCCCGUCACGUGUCCAGCACCACCGUUACCAGCUCCGAAGUGGGCGGCUCGAAUCCGGGCCAGGCGGUGGUGGCCGGCGGUCUUGGUGGCGGUGGCGGCGGAGGACCCGGUUCGAAUGCAGCCAGCGGCCAACUGGGCGGACCCAGUGGCGGUAGUGGACAGCUGAGCUGUACCAGCGGCGGACCGGGCGGCAGUGCCAGUUCCGGUAGCGGAGGCAAUGGAGCCAUUGGUCCCGCCUCCAUGGCGCCAAAUUCGGUGGCCGGCGAUGGCAGUCCGGCCGGCGGCAAUGGUCCAUCCGGCAGCAAUGGCAGCGGUGGAUCCGUGAAUCCUGGACCCGGCAGCAGUGGAAGUCAGGGUGGCGGCGGAGGCGGCACACCGCUGGCCAGCGGCGGCGGUUCGGCCGGCAGCGGCGGUCUCGGCGGAGCUCCGGGCAGCAGUGCCGCCUCGAAUUCGGCGGCGGCAGCAGCUGCGGCGGCUGCCCAGAAUGCCACGCUGAAGUGCACCCUGUGCCAGGAGCGCUUGGAGGACACGCACUUUGUGCAAUGCCCCUCGGUGAAUCACCACAAGUUCUGCUUCCCCUGCAGUCGCGAGAGCAUCAAACGCCAGAAUGGACUGGGCAACGAGGUGUACUGCCCCAGCGGCGAUCGCUGUCCACUGGCCAACUCGGUGAUACCGUGGGCAUUCAUGCAGGGCGAGAUCACCACCAUUCUGGGCGAGGAGGUCAAGGUGAAGAAGGAGCGCGAGUCUUAAUGUCCAUUUUACUGUAAGAAGCUGCGCAGGGCUUUGGAGCACUUUUGAGAGACGACAACACUCCCCGGAUAAUAUAUGGCAUCCAACACUCGACACUCUCUGUUGGGUCACAUUUUAAGGAGCAACUGACAUUUUUUUGGCCACGGCGGCGGCAUCUCAACAGUAGCAUAUAUAAAUGUAAAUGCACUGUCUUUGUCCAUGACGACCGACCAAAUAACAAAAAACAAGAAAACAAAAACAAAACAACAACAAUGACAACACAACAACAA